UCUGUUGUCUAUGGGAUCUUCUUUACCAACCAAGUUAGUUUCCUUUCUGAUUCUCUAGGUUUCCUGCACACAGGAUUGUGUAAGUAAUUUUAAAUUAUUUCACUUUAUUUAAUCGUAAUUCAUUCAAAGAAUAGAAAUAUCGAGAAUUCACAAUGGCUCCACGUAAAGGAAAAGUACAAAAAGAAGAAGUGCAAGUAUCUUUGGGACCUCAAGUUCGUGAAGGCGAAGUUGUAUUUGGGGUUGCACACAUUUUCGCUAGUUUCAAUGAUACUUUCGUUCAUGUCACAGAUUUAUCCGGUCGGGAAACGAUUUCUCGAGUUACUGGUGGUAUGAAAGUAAAAGCAGAUCGUGAUGAAGCUUCACCAUACGCUGCUAUGUUAGCUGCACAAGACGUUGCAGAAAAAUGUAAAUCAUUAGGUAUUACAGCCCUCCAUAUUAAACUUAGAGCAACGGGUGGUAAUAAAACAAAAACACCAGGACCUGGUGCACAAAGUGCACUUCGUGCUUUAGCUCGUUCAUCAAUGAAAAUUGGCCGUAUUGAAGAUGUAACUCCAAUUCCAUCAGAUUCCACAAGAAGGAAGGGAGGUCGCCGUGGUCGUCGUCUAUAAGGACAUGCUACACUACAUAAUAUGGGGGCUCAUUUCAGUUGUUUAUUUAAAUAUUUUUUAUUAAGUUCUAUAUGUUUAUUAUAAUAAAUCAUCUUUGAUGAGCUCUC